AUAACACCGUAAAUAUCUACUUCUCGCCUCAAUCAGGGUAUGGGCGAUCUCGACAAGAGGAUAACGAUUGUAUCGGGACUUGCAGAAGAUAAACAGAUAGACAAUUAUUACACCCUCCGCCGAAACUCUCUCUCUGGAUUGCAUUAAUCCUUAAUGUUAAUUCCAUAUACACUAAACUACUAGAUUAUACUAUAAAUAGCAUUCCGCAUAAAUGGCGUCUUCGGCACCUUCAUUUCAAUUUCACUCUCUUCCGUUUCUUGGCCGUCGGAGCACGAAUACCAACAACAACAAUCCCACGCCUUGUUCAUCCUCAAAUUCUUCUUGUUCGCCUUCGCCAUAUUCUUCCUAUCCUAACUAUUCUCCUUAUAAUCGCCGAAGGCAUCCCUGGAAUUUCGUCACCUUUUCCGGCUUAGUGAGUGUUUGGAAACAUAAAAGUGGUAGAGCUCUAGCCAUGAGUACAUCCAAGGGAAACCUUUCUUCACCAACGGACAUCUCCAAACAGGAGGAUGAACCUGAUCACCUUCUUGUUCUUGUUCACGGCAUCCUCGCAAGCCCCAAGGAUUGGUUAUAUUUUGAAGCGGCGUUGAAGAGACGAUUAGGGAAGAAAUUUUUGAUUUACGCGAGUUCAAGUAAUACAUUCACUAAGACAUUCAAGGGAAUUGAUGGUUCUGGACAACGACUGGCUGAUGAACAACCUAGCUGCUAGGCAAUGUCUAAUUGCUCCAGCGCCUAGAAGGGCCAUGCCGACAAAAUUCAGAGCUCUCAGGUUAUGGAGGUUGUGAAGAAAACAGAGGGCCUAAAGAAGAUAUCUUUUUUGUCCCAUUCGCUCGGUGGUUUAUUUGCAAGAUAUGCUAUUGCUGUUUUGUACACUCCUCAUGCUAUCUCUCAUCAGUCUGAUGAUCUUACUCGUCCGACUCCUGAAAAAAUAGAAAACUUGAAUUUUUUGAAUAAAGGUUUUGUUGCUGGUUUGGAAGCAAUUAAUUUCAUUACUUUGGCCACACCUCAUCUUGGAGUGAGAGGAAAUAAACAGAUGGAACUAUCGAUUUUCUUUGAAUUGCGUAAUUUGAUCCAUACUGUUUCUGCUUCGAUAAGAAUUCCCGUCUCUGUUAUCAAGACAUUUAAUGUUUCUUCAAUAAUCCAGCUUCCCUUUCUUCUUGGUGUGCCUUUGCUGGAGAAACUGGCGGCCCCUCUUGCCCCGAUUUUUACUGGUCGAACGGGCAGACAACUCUUCCUUACUGAUGGCAAGUCCAACAGACCACCUCUCUUAUUGAGAAUGACUUGUGAUUGUGCAGAUGGGAAAUUUAUAUCAUCACUUGGCGCUUUCAGAUGUCGUGUUCUUUAUGCUAACGUCUCAUAUGACCAUAUGGUUGGUUGGCGAACAUCGUCCAUACGAAGAGAAAAAGAACUCUGUAAGCCUCCAAGUAGGUCCUUGGAUGGGUACAAGCAUGUUGUCGAUGUGAACUAUUGCCCGCCUGUUUUGUCUGAGGGUCCCGAUUUCCCUCCAGAAGCUGCGAGAGCAAAGGAGGCCGCGCAAAAGAAACCUAGCAUACAGAAUACAGUGGAGUACCAUGAGAUUAUGGAGGAGCAAAUGAUACGAGGCUUACAACAAGUAGGUUGGAUGAAAGUCGAUGUGAGUUUCCAUUCGGCAUUCUGGCCCUUCUUUGCGCACAACAAUAUCCACGUGAAAAAUGAAUGGUUUCAUAAUGCGGGAGUAGGAGUGGUUGCUCAUGUUGCCGAUACCAUAAGACAACAGGAAGAAAAGCUGCAAAAUCCAUCUUCCUCCUAUAUUGCUGCUAGUUUGUAAUACUAUUCUAUUUCUUUCUAAAUUUCAUUUCAUUUUCGGAAUUUAACAGGUAUUUUCAACUUGGUCCCCUACAUAUAUGAUUUUCGUUUUAAGAAUUAAAAUUUGAUUAAUACAUCCACUGUUUAUUAUAUACGUGCACUAGUACUAUUUGUUAAGAAUGGAUGAUAUCCAUCCCAUGCUUAGGUUAUGCCAAAUCGUAAAUUUUUCUGAUAAAAUUCAAGUGCCAAAUCAGUACGCACAGCUUGAAAACAAUUCCAGUG